UGGCCGUUGAAAUAGGCGCGCAAAUACAGCUAAACUAUUUUGUGCGGAAUCCACUAAGCCCACGUUCAUGUUAGACCCAAAUCAUCGGAAAAGUGGUAAGAUCGGAUCGCGUUAGAGUGUCGGAGGUGCAUUCGUGAUAAGACGACUACGUGGCAAAAGGAUACGAAAUCAGGACGGAUGUCGCCCAGACGAACUCGAGCAGCAACGGCGGAACAAUCUGUUUCUACUAGAUCUAAGACACAAAAAGUAAAAGUAAGCCAGAAUGUGGCCAAGUCAGCACAGAAAAUCAGACAGUCUCAGAAGAAGAGGAAAUCUAAUGUUGAGAAUAAUUUGGAAACCGCUGCUAAGCAAAGUGCCAAAAAAGAAGUGCCAAAACCUGAUCUGAAGAUAACAUUCAAAAAGUCCACAAAGAAGAAAUCUAUUCGUCGAAAACUUAAUUUAAACAAAGAAACAGAUACAUCUGUAUUGCAAGAAGACCAGAAUAUGGAUCUCAGUGAAUCAAUCAGAAUAUUAAGAGACAAGCAUUGCAACAAUAUUGCAACGAUGGAAUUCAAGACUAACUUAUUUCAGUAUAAUGCCUCAAAUCGGAAUUCAGAGAAAAUGCUUAAUAAAAAAUUACAACGGAAUAUCUCUAUCACAAAUGCAAAAAUAUCGCCUGUUAUAGUUACUCCUAAGAGUACACCUCCCAAGCUUAGUCUUACACCACACAGAUCUAAAAAGACACCCAAAAAAUCACCAAUCUCCAUAGGUUCUCCAAAGACACACUCAAUAACUGUACCGAAGCUAUUUAAGAGUCCACGAAAGUUAUCUCUUGUUGUAGAUGAGGAUUCUGAGGAAAGUUUAGAAAAAUCAGAGAGUGAUUCUUAUAAUAAGAAAUCACGAAAGAGCAAAAAGAACACGCUAGACAAUAAUUCCAAGUCCAAUAAAAUUGCAUCAACAUCAUCAGCAACAAAAAAUAAUCGCAAGAAGUCUAGCUUAAAUUUAAUUUCACGUAAAUUCUCAAAAUCUCCGAAAAUAAUGUUGAAGUCUCCAAAAUCGAAAAAAUCAAAAUCACAUAAACUGAAAUUAUUAUCUUCAUCCCGGAGAGAAAAGAAUCCGUUUUCUGCUAGUCCUAAUACUACACCAAAUCUCGAGAAUGACAAAUCGUCCAAAAUUAGCUCAAAAAAAUCUCCUUUAUCCAAGGAAAAGAAUUUAUCAUCAAUUAAAAAUCCAAAAUUAAGUCCAAAAUUAACAAAGAUAUUGACGGUUUCACAAAUGAAAGAUGUGCUGGCUGAACCAGUAGUGGUAUUAGAUAAAUUAUCGUCCAAAAAUGUGAAACAAAAACAUGUGGUCGCUAGUAAAACUCGAAAUACUUCGAUCAAAAUAAAAUCUCCCUCAAAUGAGAGGAAUUUGAAGGUAAUAAUAAUACCAGUUGAGGACCAUGUUUCUGGAGGUACAUCUAAGCGAAAUUCUAAUUCUGAAUUAAGAAGUAAUAGUAUGGGGAUACCACGAAUUACCACGAACACUAACAGAACAUCAAGAAUUAAAUAUAAUGCAUUAAUACAAGGAAAGGCACCCUUAGUGUCGUCCACUCCACGAGAGGAACACAUGAUAUCAAGAAACAAUAGUUUGUCUGAUUCUAUUGGUUCUGUAAAUAAUAUUUCUCUUAAUACUAGAUCAAGAUAUAAAAAUCAAUCCAUUAUCCUAGCUAAUACAAUGGAUAGAAACACAGACAUUGAAAAUAUAUCUUCACCUUCUCUUUUUGAUGAUAAAGAUAUUAAUAAUACUCUAGAAAUUAGUCAAUUUCCCCUUGUAAAUGUCACAAAACUAAACAUUACUUACGAUAAGGAUAAUUCGAAGAAGCAAGAGAACCAUACCUAUGAAUUAGAACAACCACAGACACUAAACUUACGACAAAUGAUCAGCAGAAAGCGCAGUUCAGCUGACGCGAAUUUAAGUGUCUUGAAAGAUAACGUUAAAAAAGCUAAAGUGCGUUUUGUGGAUAUAUCAUCUAACGCAAAUAGUUCACGAAACUCAAUUAACAAGCUGAACGGAUCACGAUCGAGUAUAUCACAUAAUACUAAUGCACAGCAUAGAAACAAUGUUAUGAAUUCAACACAAAGAUCGAAAAAGACUGAAACUGCAAAAUUUAUUCGGAGUUCGCUGAUUUCUCCUUUCAAGAACUCAAAUCCAAGAAUACACAGAGACACAUCGAUUCAGUUAAAUGCAAUUCAAACACCAAAAACCUUUGCAUCAGUUGAAAAGAAAUCAGAGAAAAAAUCAUCGCUGAAAAAAGUACCAAAUUUCGGAAGGAUACAUGAGCAAAUGUUUGCUAAAUCAGAAUCGCUUGUAGAUGCAAAAAAACGUUUGGAAGCUAGACAUUUAGCGUUCACUGCUAACCAAUCAUUUUCAAAAGAUAGAAAGUCGGAACAGAAGAAACCAUUACCAAGCGACACUAAGGAUGGGAUUCAUAACAGAUUUGGAUUUAAAUUGAAAAAGUCAGAAGCUACGCAUCUUAUACUGAAAAAACAAACUGUUUUUUCAAGGCAAAAACAGCAACAUGAAAUGCGGAUGAUGCUGAAGGGUGUACGAACAAAUCGACGGUUUGAAUUGCAAAUGAAGUCUCGAAACAUAAAUUCGUGA